AUGUCGCAGGAGCCAAUAGUCAUAGUCGGGGCAGGAAUACUAGGUCUCACGACAGCACUCACCCUAGCAGAAAACCUACCGCAAGCACAAAUCACGGUGGUGGCAGAAUGGGGUCCGCAUAACCCGCAGAUGAACGCAUCAAUGACAAACUCAAAUGAAUACACGUCCCCCUGGGCCGGAGCCCAUUUCCGCCCUUUCCCUAGUGCCUCGAAAAAGGAUCAAGAAGAAAUGCAAAUGACGCGUGUAACCAUGAACCAUUUCCGGCACGUUGCCGAAACGAACCCCGAGAGCUCGAUCCAGUUUUGCGAUGGUGUCGAAUAUUUGCAAUCGCCCAGCGAAUUGUACAAGAGCUGUGCUCCUGGUUACUGCGAAGGCAUGUCCAACUUCACCAAGCUCGACGACAAACGGGAAUUCUGCGGUUUUAAAUACGACACGUGGGUGGUGAACCCUCCCGUGUAUCUCCAAUACCUAUAUCGGAAAUUGCUAAUUGAGCACCAUGUCAAUUUCCUCUGCGUCAAGCUCACGAGCUUAGCUGAAGUCAACAAUUACGUCAGUGGCAGACCCAUAGUUGUCAACUGCAGUGGGUCGGGGUUGCGCUACUAUGGCGGCGUUGAUCCGAAAUACAUCCCAGUGCGAGGCCAGACCCUAUUGAUCAACCCGCCUCGCGAUUGCCCCUACGUCAACCAAACAGUUACGUAUCAAUUGGGUGACGGAUCGUGGAUAUUCAUCAUUCCGCGACCUUUAAAUGGCGGGUUCAUCUUGGGUGGGACGAAACAGGUUGGUGAUACCUAUCUCGGGGUAAGACAACGUGAUACUGAGCAUUUGAUGAAGUUGGGCAAGCAGUAUUUCCCCGGGUUGAUGAAGACUGACGCGAGACUGGGCCAACUGUAUUUCGAUGUCAUGAGGAUUAAUGUUGGAUUGCGACCUGGUCGAUGCGGGGGGUUGAAUACGGAGUUGGAGAAACACAACGGGCAGUAUGUGGUUAACAACUAUGGAGCUGGUGGGAUGGGGUACGAGUUGAGCUACGGCUCAAGUUUGAAGGUUUUAUCAACGGUUAAUGAUUUAUUGAACAAGUCUAAGCUAUAG